GCCCGCAUGGUCUCCUAAGAGAUGCAUCACUUACCCACCUUAAACUUACAGCCUCAUCGUCUCCUUCUCCCUCUUCAUUGCAACAUACUGUCAUCCUCAAACUCAACAUCAUGCCUAGCAGUUCGCCAUGAUUCCGCGUUCAAUCAACCGGAUUCUUUUAAGCAAUGGCAGGCGUACCUGUGCGCACACCCUUUCAGCCUCGCACAAAAGCUCACACGAUCCUGAACACCACCACCCCUUCUACAGAAACAAUAGCAACGUCGAAUCCUCCAUUACGGUCUAAUGCCCCAGCGGCUUCCAUCAACCGGAAACUUUCUACAGAUGCAGAUGCUAUCUCCGACAGGUCUACAUUGCUGUUCAUACGCCGCACAUUAUGCUCACAUCUUAGUGAAAAGGGUCGCAGUACCCCGGCUCCAAUCGAUGAGAUACUUCCCCCAUUAACAAGUAGUAAUGAGGUUGACUUGCAGCUGUAUGCAUUGAUAGCAAUUAUAAUAAGGGAAUUUGUGCAUACCUGGUAUGCGAAGAUUACGCCGGACCAAAUGUUUGUGGAGGAGGUGGUAAAGAUUAUUGCACAUUGCACGAGAGCUCUGGAACAAAGGCUAAGGAAGGUGGACUUGGAGAGUUUGCUGUUCGAAGAACUGCCAGACUUAUUGGAUACACAUGUUAAAAUAUAUAAAAUGUCGCAUUACCCUCUACACCCAGAACCAAUUUCGGUGAACCCGCGACAAGUAUACCAUUCGCUCUGGCCUUUUGCGCCGUUGUCUCCCGUUCCGCUUGAUGAAGAUCCCGAUACGAUCAAGAGCCAGUCGAAUAACGAAGCUGCAUAUAGACAAUUGAUUAUUAACGGCGUCUUAGCCGUUCUACUGCCCACGGAAGAUCUCGAGAACGACUGCUUGACAUCUCUAGUUGGUCAGAUUUUUUCAGAAAUGAUACUGGGCAAUGGUAUUGGCGGCAAAGCUUGCGAACCGUGGCUAUUAUGGGAGGGUAUAAUGAAGAUUGCAGAAGUUAUACAAGCUCGACUACCGAAAGCUAAAGCCCAAGUUCGAAUCGACAGGUCAAAUUCCGAAAUUACCAGACCGAACUUAUUGGAUAUUAAAGCCGGCAACACCAAAACUUCGAAUUUUGGGAAAUCGAUGCAGAAAUAUUUUUGGCUAAUUCUUCAGUAUUUGUUUCUGGCGUUCGCCGCGGUCCGGGCUAUAUUUAUUGCUAUUGCUACCUCAUCUUCAUUACCGUCUCGUAUUCCUCCCACGAGGAAACCUACUGGCUUUACGUUACCGAGUGAUGACUCGGAACCACCGAUGAACUCGGAAGCAUUGCCUUGGACUCGAGCUCAACCACUCAAGCGCCCUAUUCUCAAAAUGAAGCUAUGGUCAUGCGUCUCUACUUUGCUAGAUAUGGAUACUCGCAUGCCAUGGCUGAGCGCCACAUUAUCUCUUCUUCAAUGGGGUGCAAUUACCGGCCCUGGAAGAAUUGGAGAUACAGACGGCAUGAUUGACAAACUCCUCUCCCACCAAAUUCACACCCACAUCUUAGACCCCACUCUGCUACCAUCCCUCCUCUGCACCCUUCGCCAAACACUCUUCCCCAAUAAUACGCUCGCACCAGGGAGAAUACCUCCUACACCCACUGAAACAAUCGAAAUACGACGAAGGUGUGCAGAGGCUAUAUUGAAUUUGAUACCAAUAGCUGUGAGGGAUAUUUACUUUGGUCGUACUUCUUUAUACUCUUCGGGAAGUAGCACCGAUACUAUCGAUAUUGAUUUCGAAGCAAAAACCGAACUCUCAAAAGAAAGACAUAUUCGGGAAGUAGAAGAUGUGUUGAAUGUUUUUGGUGAUGUGUAUUGUAAUAAACACUUACUAUAUGGAGUUGUGGAAAUGAUUAUUAUGAGAAUAAUGCCGGAGCUGGGGGAGAAAGGAGUGCAGGAGUUAUUGGAUGAGAGGUUGAAUUGAGUUUCCAUUUUUUGAGCCGUCAUCUUGCGUUCGUUGCGUUGAAAGUUUAGAUACCCAUCAUGCUUUUUUAUAUUAAAAAUUUAUACUGAAUUAUUUGAGUCAUGCACUGUACAAUUCCUGCACACAGCCUGCGUAUUGAAUAUUAUCCAAAGUUAGUAUUUGCAGUUUUAAAAGCCCAACGUUGUAACAAAUUAACCACCCAUUUCAUUCCACGUGUAUGUUUUUGAUCUGUCUGAUGCUAGCUCGAAAAGUAAAGAAGAAAUUCUCGACCCCUUUGUCCUCAGAAGAGAACAAUUUGUCCAUCCAUCCAUAUCCGUCCAUCCGUGCACAUAUAUCUCAUUAGAUCAACGAGUCCCAUACCAUCCCAAUCUGUCUUAUCCUAUUUCACAUACGAAAGAACUUCACUACAAGUUCACACAAGCACUAUACAAUAAACGAACGAUUCCAACAAGAAAAAAAAAGGAAUGAGUCCCUAAGUACAAAAAUACACCAAAGAGCGAGGAAGAUGGAUGAAUAGACUAGCAAAAGAUAGGUUAGGUAACAAAACAAGCCGUGCAUGACGUUUCAUGAUUUCGCACAAGAGAAAUCCAACAAACACGUCCAGGAAUUUGAACUUUGGCCAUCGCA